UCAUGCCGAAUGUCGGCCAUGUUACGUGCUCAUCCCCACCACUAUUGAUAUUGGUCCGUUUCGCAGUGGUCGGGAUUUCUUGGUUACUUUUAUAGGGGAAAGGAGACUAGGUUGUUGCGCGCACUUUUUCGAAUGUUUGCUCUCUUUGAUAAGGUCGUGCGGUUUUAUCGGAGGAAUACUUACAUCGGACGAUUUUAAUAGCUUCAUCACUGAGGAAAAAUUGAGAUAAGCAGAGACAACAGCAGAGCAGAGCCCAGUUCGCGAGUAGAGAAAAACUGCGUAAAGUUUACGUGCGCUAUAUGUAUACGUGCGUACCAUCUUCGCAAAAGUAGUUGUAAGCGCGGAAAAGAAAAGUAGAUGUCAAAGUUUUGAGCCAUGGACGAGGAAUCGACUCUGGACCCGACGAAGCUCAGGCCGACCCUCGAGACCUACAAGAAGCUAUCCAAAGACAUCUCUAACCACGAUACGAUUCUAAAGGACAAAACGGUGCUGUCCUAUGUGGCCGUGGUUUUGGAGUAUCCCGACGACGAGAUCGUCCACCUGGCACUGGAUAUCCUAGAAAUCUUUGUUAAGAAUGUGGAGAAUUACAAUCACAUAACGUCGACCUUUGGGGUCAGGGAGGCUCUGGAUGCAGUUGUCAACAAGUACACCUUGGAUGAGCCAAAACUGGCCAAGCGAGCUCAGCAGAUCAAGGAUGACAUAGAACGCAUGAAGCCACCCAUUUAUAAUCUUCGCAGCAGAUGCAGAAGGGUUAUAGAGCCUAAAAAGCUGAGAACUCACGUUAUUGUCCUGCAUGUUCAUGGUUUAUUGCCAGAAACACGAACAGAAUUAGAAUAUACAUUAAUUAGGAUUGAAGGCUUAAUCUCACUGGUUGUUGAUGUGGAACAUCAACGCGUCACUAUGAGAACAUUAGCUAAUGUAACAGCCAAACAAAUUGCCGAAGCCAUCAGUGAAAACAAUCCAAAUAUGGAAGCCAGACUGGUUACUAGGAAUAAGUACAAUCAAGAAUUUUUAGUUAAAUUGGUAAACACAGAAUCUGGAGACUGCGAAGAUAUGCCGGAAUACUUACCAGAAGAUGAGGAUCCCGAGGAAGAAAGAGAAGGCGUCGUUUCUUUAUUCACUGGCUUAAGGCAAAGUGCAUCAUCGUUGUACAAAUCCACCGCCGAAUUCCUUAGCAAUUCCUUUUACUGGUGAAAAGAAGAUAAUUGGUUUUCUAGGAACUCUAUUUAUUUUCCAAGCGCAUUUUGAAUAGUCGUUACGAAUUGCGCAUUUACCCAAACGAGUUGAUGCUCCAGAGAUUUCAUCUUUUAAUUUAUUGAUAAUAAUAGUUAUGAGCAUUGACUGUUAUUUCUUUAAACGAAAGAGCUCCGAAUCUCUAUUCCUUAAGGAUCUUUAGUCAGCUGCAUGAGUUUUAAAAGUUUUUCGUACAUUAUUGUUUUGUUAUCCAUUAAAUCAUUGUUCAGUUGACCACCGUACAUAAUUCAGCAUUCUCACCUAAUCAUUAGUAAUUAAUUUUUAAUCAGAAUUGCAUUGAAAUGUCAUGAGUGUAAAACUUAUGUGUUAAUAUUUUAACUGGAAAUGAAAUAUCUAAGAUUUAUCGAAAGUUAUCGCACGGACUUCCAUCAAACUUAAACAUUGAUCAAACAAAGAUUGAAGGACCUAUGAUGUCUCGUACCUAAGCAAAUUUUGUGCAUGUACAUACAUGUAUACGUAUGUCACUUUUACUUAACAUUAGGAAGAAGUGUUUCUAGCAUUUUAAUCUCAUGCAAAUCGAUCUAUGAAUGAAAAUGUAUACGUCUUUGAAUGCAAUGGGCUUAAGCAUUUUGUUAUACUCAUCAAUCACGAGGCUGUGCGAAUAAAUGUUUUAUAUACACGUUAUCUCUUACAUCUCUUCAAAUGAAACGACAAACGUUUACUUAGUGUUCGAAAAAAGUAUGAAAGAAAAAAGUUUAACGGUGCUGUAAAAAUGAUCGCGAGUAUAUCAUGCGUGGUUCCUUAAUUUUGUCUCUGGCACAAUAUGUUACGCGUUUAAAAUAAAGAGUUGAUGAAAUUGUAAGCUAUGUAUCAAAGUGAAAAAUUGUAAUUUUUCUUGUCUAUACAAAGUAAUACGCGAUACGAAUGAUUUUAUGUUUUAUUCAAUUUAUAAAAUUACAAUAAAUAUGUACAUACAAAUUAUUAUUUCCAUCCAA